AUGGGCAAGAAAAAGCAACGUCCCUCUUCUUCCCGUCGCAAACCAUCACAGUCCUCCGGCGUUGCUUCCACCUCUGAACCGCCACAGCCUGAAUUAUCAUUAGACCCUGUGAUCUUUCGGGAAGGCUCGCAGGUUCAAGAGGAAAUGAAACGUGGAAACUACUGGAAGGCCCUGACGAUGGUCAGGAAAUCAAUGUCUAGUCACCAAGACUCGCCUCACCUUCUGUACCUUGAAGCUGUAGCUCUCCAGUUUCUUGCGAAAACAAAAGGCAAAGAUUCCAAGGAAAUGAUCGGAUACUUAGAAGACGCAAAUGAAUCGGUUGAGUUUGCUUUAAAUUCAUUGCCCAGUUCGAUCCAUUUUGCUUCUUGCAAAGUCGCUAUUCUGUAUCAGAAGGCUUUGCUGAAUGAUAAAGAUUGGGGCGAAGCGAUUCGAGAAUGCAAGAGCGCGUUGAACUUAAAGAUUGAGGAUUCAACUGACCCGGGAGUGGAUAUGUUUCUUGAAGAGAACGAGAAGGUCAAGUCGAGUAAAGAAUCAAGAAUUGAGCUUGAGAAGGGAGUGAUUAAAUGGUAUUUACAGCUUUGUGAGCAAGAGCAGAAUCAAAUUGAAAAGGGUAAUAAAGAGAGUGUAGAAAAGGUAAGUGGUCCAUUACAGGAGAUCAUGAAGGAGUUUGAAGCAGAAAUCAAGAACUGGCGUGCGAUUAAGCAGGUAAAGACUCAUUAUGGUAUGGAGAAAUACUAUGGGGUUUCUAUAGUAAAGAAAGAGGAUUACAAGUCCUUUUGGAGAACACUGAGUGCUGAGAAGAAAAGGGAUUUCUGUAAAGUGAGUAUUGAAGAGCUUCAAAGGCAUUGGAAGUUAAUUAAUUUUCAUUUGGUAGGCAGGGAAGCCAUUGAUUUCGCUAAAGAACACAAAACUUGGAAGUGCUGGGAGUGCUGUGAUUGUCACAAGAAGUUUGGUUAUUUGGAGUUUUAUAGGAAUCAUAACAGGGAGGUGCAUUGGGAGAAUCUUUAUUGGGUGGAAUUAGAGUAUCAGAUUCCUGGUGAGGUGAUUGAGUUUAUUGAGAACGGUGAUUGGAAGCCUUUAGAUGCUGAAUAUUGGGUAACCAAAAUUAUCAGUAAGAUGAAUUCAGAGUCUUCUAUUUCCUCUGAUGGUGACCUGUUUGAUAAGCAGAGCGUGGAUGAGAAUGUGCAAGAUUUGUUUGGCAGUAAAAGUGAUGAGAAUGAAUCACCUGAGCGUGCAAUGAUUCUCAAGAGUAUUCGUGGGAUGUUUCGCUUGUUUCUCCUACAGAGAUGUUUGGCAAAAACAUAUCUUCAUUGGGCAAUACAAUUUACAGUUCAACAGUUUGAGGAUCUAAUUCCGUUUUCCAGGCAUCUUGGGUUGGAGGCCAUUCAGAUCAUAUGCCUUUUGAAAGCUGCAGAGUUGAAUCAGGUCCGUGAAUUCCUACAGAAUCUAACAAUUACUUCUGGUAAACUUAUAAAUCCUAAGUUGGUUAGACCUAGAGAUGAUUAUCUUAGUUGUAUUCAAGUGUUUGAUAUCAAAGAGAAGGUUAGAAUCGGUGAAAUAUUAAUACAUCGCCUCUUGGAUGAGAGAUUUUUGAGCGGAGAUGAGAUUAGUCUAACUAAUAAUUUUGAUGCUAUUAAUGUUCUAUUAAUUUGGUCAUGCGAAGGCGCAAACAUCCCAAUGGUUUUGAAGGCAUUGCCCAGUCUGAAAGACUCUCAAAGACAAAAAUCAAAGGAAAUCUUUCAGAUUUUUCUCAAAGAAUGUUCACAAGAUGAAGAAUUAUGUGAUUAUAAAUUAAGCAUGAUGACUAGAAUCACCAUAAAAGCAAUUGAAUCAGUUGAGAGCAUGCUUCCUGAAAAGAUUGAGGAGGGGGAUGCAAGUUCAGAACAGUCUUAUUUCAGAAUCAUGAAGAAGAGGCAAAAGGAACUUGAAGGGAAAGAUGAUACUGAGAGUACGAUGGAGAAAUCUUUAAUCUCCAAUGUUAUAAAGGAUAUUCUAGCUCAAGCACAAAAACUGGCAGGCUUCUAUGAUAAAGGGACUGAAUCAAUAAGUUUGAGUGAAGAAGAUGAAUUGAAAAUGCUUGAAGACUUGGAAUCUGCCAAAAGAUUGCUGGCCUAUGUCAUGGCAAAGUUGUGGCCGGAUAUUUCUGGCAUAAUGCAGCAUGAACUGAAGCUUGAGAGGGUGUCCUUGUUUGACUACAGCUCAAUCAUGGCAUAUUUGUUGAAGUCAUUCUUGCAGGCAAAAGUGGAACAGCUGAAGUAUGAUUCCACGGCAGCAGCGGCUCUUGCAUCUGAGAUUGAUGACAGCAGUGAGAUCAGCACAGCAACUGAUUGUAUUGAGCCUGAACAGCUCCAACACGAUCAAACCAAACAAGAAGACAAUCCAGAUUCUGAAAUUGGUGCUUCUGCAAGUGUUGAAGACUUGCAAGAAUCAAUUUUGAAUGACUCAAAACUGCUCGACAUACGUUUGGAGGAACUGAGGAAAAUUGAGAAAGAGUUUGCAGAGAAAAGAGCUCAAGCUGUUGCUGAAAAUGUUGAAGGCCUAAAUCCUGCUGCAGAUUCUGAGGAAGUAUUGAAGACCGCAGAAGAGUUGGAAUUGGAGAGGAAUGUAAAGAAUGAACAAGAGGAGGUUUCAGAGACCAAGUUGGAAGCAGAUUCUCCUGAUGAAGCAACGAAGACCGCAGAAGAGUUGGAAUUGGAGAGGAAUGUAAAGAAUGAACAAGUGGAGGUUUCAGAGACCAAGGUGGAAGCAGAUUCUCCUGAUGAAGCAACGAAGACGGCAGAAGAGUUGGAAGCUGAGAGGAAUGUAAAGAAUGAACAAGAGGAGGUUUCAGAGACCAAGACGGAAGCAGAUCCUCCUGAUGAAGUGACGAAGACGGCAGAAGAGUUGGAAGCUGAGAGGAACGUAAAGAAUGAACAAGAGGAGGUUUCAGAGACCAAGAUGGAAGUAGAUCCUCCUGAUGAAGUAACGAAGGCGGCAGAAGAGUUAGAAGCGGAGAGGAAUGUAAUGAAUGAACAAGAGGAGGUUUCAGAGAACAAGAUGGAAGCAGAUUCUCCUGGGGAAGUAACGAAGACGGCAGAAGAGUUGGAAGCAGAGAGGAAUGUAAAGAAUGAACAAGAGGAGGUUUCAGAGAACAAGAUGAAAGCAAAUUCUCCUGAUGAAGUAGCAAAGACCGCAGAAGAGUUGGAAGCAAAGAGGAAUGUAGAGAGUGAAGAGAAGAUUCAGAAAACCAGAUGGAAGAUUUGUAUUGGAAGUACUUCUGAUCUUUAA